AUGGAUGCUCGACAACGACCUGGUUUCACACGCACCGAUACCGAUGGCAUCCCGCUUGAACCGAUCUCGCCUUCAUCGUCCAGCGGCAAUAUCAAAAAGGACGCGAAGAGUCCCGGGGACUCCAAGGCCGACGGUGUUAUUGAUGUGAAGUCUGUUGACAUCUUGCAGGAGAGUCUGCCUGCAUACGACCCCGAUAACGAUGGUGUCGCUCAUAUCAAGGAGCCUGUGACCACCGCAGAGGACUUGGUCACUCAAGUCAUUCAUGUUCAGGACGAUCCAAGUCUCAAUCCAUGGACAUUCCGUGUUGCAUUCCUCGGAUGUGGACUGUCGAUUUUCGGCGCCGUGCUGCAGGAAAUCUUCUUUUUCAAGCCGCAAACCAUUUUCGUGUCCGUGGUCUUCUUGACAGUCAUCGCAUACAUCCUCGGCGAAGCGAUGGCAAGCAUCAUUCCGCGCAAAGGAGUCUUUCGCUACCUCAACCCCCAUCCUUUCAACCAAAAGGAGCACGCAGCAAUAACCAUCAUGGCAUCGGCUGCCUCUCAAGCAGCACAAUCCACACAAGCAUUGGCUGCACAAGCCUUGUUCUACGGUGGUUUUCCAAACAAGGCAGCAGGCAUCUUUGUCACAAUGUCUUCGCAGCUGAUUGGAUUUGGCUUUGCUGGCCUGCUUCGUGAUGUUCUUGUGUUCCCUACCAGGAUGCUUUGGCCCAUCAACUUGCCGGUUGCGACACUUCUCGAAACGCUACAUCGUGAUAAAAAGGAGACCAAGAGAAAGCUAAGGCUGUUCUGUAUCGCCUUCUGCCUAAUCUUCAUCUGGGAGAUACUACCCGAAUACAUUUUCCCUGUUCUCACUGGUGUGUCAGUGUUCUGCCUCGCCAAACAGGACAGUCUUGUCUUCACCAAUCUUUUCGGAGGCGCGUCCGGGGAUGAAGGGCUAGGAUUUCUGUCACUCUGCCUCGAUUGGAACUACAUCAUCGCCGUUUUCUCGCCGAUGUGGUUCCCACUCAACUCAUUGGUCAAUUGCAUGAUAGGAAUUGUCGGCUGUUACAUUGUAUUCAUGGGCGUGUACUACGGAAACGUCUGGGGAUCGUUCAGCCUCCCCUUCCUGUCGCAGGAACUCUUCAGCGAGGCAUCAAACUCGACGAAUUAUGUCGUCUACAACCAGUCAGCUAUUCUCAACGCGGACUUCACCAUUGAUCCCGCGAAGCUCGCUCAGGAAGGCUUGCCGCAACUGACGGGGACAUACAUUGUUUAUCUCAUCACCUCAAAUAUGGGCAUGACUGCGGCUUUCACCCACAUGUUCAUCUGGAACCGUAACGAUCUCAAGGCCGGCUGGGAAUGGGCUUCGCCCUCCAACCUGCGAAAGCUGUUCCGGGCCAGCAGUUGGAAAUUCUGGCAAAAUCAGGAAUCGCCCGAAGAGCGUCUGCAGCGCAAAUACAACGAUCCCACUUUGGAUCCUCACUACAAGCUCAUGCUGCAAAACAAAUACCUCGAAUCUCCUAACUGGUGGUGGGCUUCCGUAGCGCUGAUCAGUUGGGUCGUCGGCCUUGGGUGUCUGUAUGGCAUGCACUCGACGCUGCCCGGCUGGGGAUUCCUGCUCGCCGCCAUCUUCACCUUUCUUCUUCUCCUCUUCCUGGGCGCCCAGAUGGGCCUCACGGGCUUCCAGUUUAACGUCCAGCCGAUUUGCCAGAUGAUCGCAGGGUAUCUGUUCCCCCAUAGGCCGCUUGCUAACUUGUACUUCACCUGCUACACUUUCAACACCCUCCAACAAGGGCAACUCCUCGCCAAGGACAUGAAACUGGCACAGUAUUCUCACCUUCCACCGCGGAUCACAUUCGUCGUCCAGGUCGUCGGGUGUCUCCUCGGAGCCCUCUUUAACUGGGUCAUGAUGAACGACGUCGUCGAGAACCAGCGACCGAUCCUCCUCGCCAUCCAGGGUUCCAACAUCUGGUCCGGGCAAAACAUUCAGAUCUUCAACACCCUCGCCAUUUCGUGGAGUAUAGCCGACAAGAUGUACAGCAUUGGGGCAAAGUACCAGUGGGUGACCAUCGCCUUCCUGCUGGGGUUCCUGGUCCCGCUGCCCUUCUGGCUCGCCCACCGCUACUUCAGGCCGUGGAAAGUCUUUUCGUACCUCAACACCUCCAUCAUCCUCUGGUACGUUGGGAACCUGUUCACGGGCAUCAACUCGUCAUUCACGUCUUUCUAUCUCGUCGGGUUCAUCUCGCAAUUCUACCUGCGCAAAUACAAGCCCCAGUUUUUCGUCAAGUACAACUACCUUCUGAGUGCGGCUCUCGACGGCGGAACCCAAGUGAUGGUGUUUAUCUUUACUUUUGCCGUCUUUGGCGGCAGUGGCAAGGCACACCCUUUCCCUACAUGGGCUGGCAAUCCUGACACCAGUGUGCACAAUGUUGAUUACUGCAUGGUCAACCCUGCGAACGGCGGGUAG